AUGACCCACCUCGUUGCCGUGGCGCUCUCGCCCAGUCGCCCUCCUGUCGCUCUUCCUCUCGCCCCUGCCAUCACCCACCUCUGCGCCGUCACGCUCAUUUUGAAUAGCCCUCCCAUCCUUUCCCGCUGCUCUCGCUCUCUCCCAUCCCUUCCCGUUGCUCUUGCCCUCUCCCAUUCCUACCCGUCGAUCUCGCUCUCUCCCAUCCCUUCCCGUCGCUCUCACCUUCUCCCAUUCCUAUCCAUCGAUCUCGCUCUCUCCCAUCCCUUCCCGUCGCUCUCGCCCUCUCCCAUUCCUACCCGUCAAUCUCGCUCUCUCCCAUCCCUUCCCGUCGCUCUCGCCCUCUCCCAUUCCUACCCGUCGAUCUCGCUCUCUCCCAUCCCUUCCCGUCACUCUCACCUUCUCCCAUCCCCUCGCCAUCGCGCUCAUGUUCCUCGUCUCCCGUACCAUUCGCGCUCGCACAUUCUCAUCCCGUCCCGUACCGUUCCUCCUCUCUCCCCGUCCAUCCCGUCAUUCCUCCUCACUGUCCUCCCAUCACGUCGUUCUAUCUCUCUCCCUUCCCGUCCCGUUGUUCCUCCUCUCUCCCCUUCCCAUCCCGUCGUUCCCGCUCUCUCCCCUUCCCAUCCCAUCGUUCCGUCUCUCUCCCCUCCCAUUCCGUCGUUCCGCCUCUCUCCCCUUCCCAUCCCGUCGUUCCGCCUCCCUCCCCUCCCGUCCCGUCGUUCCGCCUCUCUCCCCUUCCUAUGCCGUCUGUUGUUGCUUGAUGUGAAGUUUGACAACUCCUUGUCUGAAGACAUAGCAUUGAAAACUUGCACCAAAUUCGCACAGGCAAGUGAGUGA